CGAUGUGAUGUAAUGUGAUGCAAUCACUCGCGACGGAGAGACUGGUUCGAGCUCGAUCGGGAGCUACGAAGAGCCACGAACAGUAGAAACUUUCCGGCAAUCAUCGGAAAUAAAUCUCAAUCCUUGAUUGAACAUUCGCUUUGAAGUCGCGAAAAUUGUGAUCAAACUUUGCCUUACGGGCAGAUCUCUGCUAAAGUUUCAGAUGGGGCGAAAAGUGACUCUUGCGGCUUGCACGUUAAAUCAAUGGGCCUUGGAUUUUGAAGGCAACUUGAAACGCAUCCUUCAGAGUAUAAAUCUUGCCAGAGCACAUGGUGCAACAUACAGGCUCGGACCAGAGCUGGAAAUCCCUGGUUACGGUUGCAACGAUCAUUUCUUGGAAAGCGACACGCUACUGCAUUCUUUUCAAGUUCUUUCUGUGUUGCUAAAAUCGCCAGUAGCCAAGGACAUCAUCUGCGAUGUUGGAAUGCCCAUAAUGCACAGGAAUGUUCGCUACAACUGCAGAGUUAUUUUUCUCAAUGGAAAAAUACUUCUGAUCCGUCCGAAAAUGACACUUGCUAACGAUGCUAACUAUAGGGAGGGUCGUUGGUUUACAAAGUGGAACAAGGUGUGUACUGUCAAUAGAGAUCAGAGAUAUUUCCAGUCCUCUGUAAUGGUGUUUCCCACAUUUUCCACUAUCUGGAAUGGGUACUUUGAUGGGUGGUGUGGGGAGUAGCCUAUCCACCGGCUAAACCAUUAUCCAGUAGAUAUUUUGUGGUAAGCAUUAUCAAAGCAUUUGAAAAAAUGAGGAUCCAGGCGUUGGGAGGGGGCAUUGAAGAGGCUUUAGCCCUCCAACAUCCCUGCAACUCCCCCCCUCCCCCAACCCCAAGAAAAGAAGACUUACUAGGAGGAGUACAUGUAUCUUCAGCCUAGUCACUAUUCCUGCUCCCCCCUUUGAUCAAUAUUCUGCCAUCCCUGGAUUUUUACUGACAUAAAAGCACUGGUUAGCUAGCGUGCAUCAUAGAUGUAUUCUAAAUGUGGUAAGUAAUGUAUACAAAGCAGCCCAAGAUCCUUGCUCAAAAUGAUAGAAAGACAAGCUAUAUUGGGGGAUGACUGUGUUUGUGGUAGUUCUUUAUUUUUUGCAAGGCUACGAGGAAGGCUUUGGAACCACUUGCAUGAAAUUUAUCAUAAAAUAAUACAGUUGAUAGUGCAAUGUAAAUAUUCAUUUCUUGAGACAUUUUUAAUCAGAUCAUUAUAAUCAGCAAAUGUCCUCAGCAUUAGAACAGAUGUCCUUUUAUUGAGUUAGCCUGGGAUUAGGAUGCUCAUGAGCUGUCCCACAAAUUCACCAUCCCAUUUUUUCUCUUGCCAUCUCCUCUUUUAUUUAAUGGAGAGCAGGCUCACAGACUACUUUGGGGUUGUUAGAAGCACUAUAAAUCCCCAACAUACAUUUGGUCUCAUCUGCAAGCCACUACAUAAAUCCUUGUUCUGGGUCCCCAGCUGGGUAGGAGGACUUAAGUACAGACCUUGAUUGGCCUCUUAACUAGGCUAUUAUCCAAGAGCCAAUCAGGUUAAAGAGAAAUUUGAAAAUAGUUAUGUAUACCAUGUCUGGUAAUUUGUCGAGUCUGUUGGAGGCCCAGAACAAGAAUCUCAGUGCUGAUUUGCAAGCUUUACUAGGCAAGGUUAGAUCAUAUCUGUGACACAGGCUACAACAUUAUGUUCCCUCUUUUCUGUCAUGGUGCAGCAUCAAACACAGACUGCAGACAUGCAAAUUGGCAGGUAAACAAGGUAAACAUUGUUGUGAAAUGCUCUAAAAGAUUCCCAAUCCCUUAACUUUAAGUCUUCUACAAGUCUGUUAGCGCAUUUCACCAAAAUGUUUACCUUAUUGACUUAGCCUGCAAGCAUGCUCUCUCUCCCAAUCAGCUUUUUGCAUCAACCUUUUUGAUGCAGAUAUUCAAAUUCCAGAGAUGUAGUUGCAAGCCCUCCUUCCUUUUCCUGCCCCACCGCCAGAGAACCCCAGAGAGCUUGCUCACAGGCUACAUUUACCAGCCAGUUGGCGAGUCUACAGUCUCCGUUGGUCACACACCACUACUCUGUUGUCUGACCAAAGCUUUUUCUAUUUCUGUCUAGCCAAAGCAAACUGAAGAGUACUUUCUUCCUCGUAUGAUAGCAGAAAUAACUGGCCAGGACACUGUUCCAUUUGGAGAUGGUGUCAUCUCCACUCUGGAUACUUGUGUUGGUUCAGAAAUCUGUGAGGAGCUGUUUAGUGUGGAUGGUCCACAUAUUAGUAUGGCAUUGGAUGGCGUGGAAAUCAUCACUAAUGCAAGUGGAAGCCAUCAUCAACUAAGGAAACUUAAUACUAGGGUGGAUUAUGUAACAGAUGCGACAACAAAGGUGAAAUACAAUCUCUGAACUUACAAACUACAAGUCCUUUUAAGAUCAAAAGAAUAAAAGUAUGACUACAAACUAUUAGACUUCUGAUGUGAAGGUAAUGAAGUUUGAAUAGUUGAUAUGUAGUGCCAUUCUCAGGGUCUUUCUUCUUCCCAUCCCAGGAUGAGGACAAAUAAAAUUCAUCAUUUGGCCUUCCUGCACAAAUACAACAAUACAGUUCCUUCACGUAAAGUCACUGAAAAUAUUGUCUCCAGCAGGAGCUCUAAAAGCACAUGAAAGAAAAGUAUGUUUCUCAACCUGGGAGAUUAAUUAGUUUAAUGGUUAUAAUGUUGAGGACUUGGGGAGUGGAGAUGGGAUUGCGGGGUUUAAACCAAAUAGAACAGCUGUGUUUAAUACUGUAACUAAAUUUUCUUUAUGUUAGAUUAGAUUGAUAAUAUAAUAAGUUUGUCUUUUGCAAAGUCACCCUAUUAAUAAAGAAGAUUAUUCAAAGAUAUCUCACAACAGUUAACAAAAAUUAAACAAGUACAUUUGCUGGUCAAAGCAUUUGUUUGUAGAAAUAAUAUUGCGAUCACUGACGUCAAACUGAACAUUAGAGGUCUUUGCUUUUCUUAUUCUAUAGGCUGGUGGCAUUUAUGUUUAUGCAAAUAUGAGAGGCUGCGAUGGAGAAAGGGUUUACUAUGAUGGAUGCUCAAUGAUUGCUGUCAAUGGUCAUGUUGUUGCGCAGGGUGCACAGUUUUCAUUGCAGGAGGUAGAAGUUGUCACGGCGACAAUUGACUUGGAAGAAGUGCGCUCUCAUAGAGGCUCUACACCAACAUUUGGUUCAAGUGCAACAGCUUACACUAAGAGCUAUCCGCGCAUUAAGGUGGACUUUGCAUUGAGUCAUGGAGAUGACAUAUCCAUCCCAUCAGCGGAACCAAUAGAGGUUCAGUACCACUCGCCUGAGGAGGAGAUAAGUCUUGGUCCGGCUUGUUGGGUAUGGGACUAUCUCAGGAGGAGUGGUCAGGCAGGCUUUUUUUUACCACUCAGUGGAGGUAUGUCAUUUGCAAUGGUGGAGACCUUCAGAUAAGUGGGGCCUGGUGGUCAUCUGGACCCUGAGAUAAGUGAGGAAGGCCCGGUGGGCGUUGAUUGCUGGUCUCCAAAAAAAUUUUUUUGGCCCUUUCGGUUCUCAGUUUGGUCUAAAAAUAAGGGGGGAUGGGCACCAGGACCCCUCCCCUGAAUCCACCACUGAUUUGAAUGUUGUUGGUUAGAUGUGUUGUGGAUCAAUUUGCCAUCUUGCCCAUUCAAUAAAAAUUACUAGAAACCAAUAGUAUUGCUUUAUGGAUAUUAGCAUUAUUUUUUGUUGUUUUUGUGUUGUCUGAACCUCAACUUUGUCUCAAACCAUGAGAAAGCAAAAUGAGAACUUACCAAUACAGUCAACUUUCUCCGAGACGGGCAUCUUUGAGAUGGGAACUAUAUGUUUGUCUUAGUGAGAUGUCCAUCCUUAAGAGAGUCAACUAAAAGAACUAAAGAAAGGCAGGGACCAACUCUUGGUAUCCGUUUUAGCAAAGUGUCCAUCUUAUAGAGGUCUCCAGUAAGAGAGAAUUGACUGCAGUGAUAUUCAACCAUAUUGACCUCGCACUUGAACAAUAAUGCAUAAUGUCUUCUUGAUACAGGAAUCGACAGCUCAUCAACAGCUUGUAUUGUCAGUUCCAUGUGCCACCUAGUUUGCCUUGCUGUAAAGAAUGGUGAUCAACAGGUGUUAGAAGACUGCCGCAGGAUCAUCAAUGACAAGUGAGUUUACCCUUUUAUGACCUAAAGCAGCUACUCACUAAUGAGUUCCUGUGUAAAUGCACAGCAUUUUAUUUGAGUGUCAAUGCACGAAAGCACUAAUUGGGGACACUAUUUUUACCUCUCCUCCUGGAGACGGGACCGCUAUUUUACAUGCUCAUCCCAGCCACGCGAAGGUCUAGCCAUUUGCAAAGGCAAAGGCAGUACCUUCAUUUCUCAGUCAUUUUAAGACCCUGAGUGUUGGUCCGGUCCCGGGAAUCGACCCAUGACCUCCCUCUCUGCAGUCAAGCACUUUACCGACUGAGCCAAUCCUAUCACAGUGAAUUUGGAGUUAUUGUAGUGGUAGUUAGGUCAGUUUAUGAGAUCACCCACCGGUGUUAUCUUACCACUGUUUUUUUUUUUUAUGCGAGAACAUUGCUCCGCGUUCUCUCUCUCUCUUAUCAAGCCUGGGACCAGCCCUUACUUCCCCUCUCCUCCCCCAAAACGUGCAGCCUGUCAUAUUGCAUCCCAUCAUAGAGAGGUACUGCUAUGUUAUUAGGGGGCUUAAAGGCGAUGUUACACAGGACGAUUCGCAACGACGAUUUUUAGCGCAACAGAGCGUUGCAAUGUUGGAACAGUGUUGUAACUAUUCCAAACAAUGUCACAACAAUGUUGCAACGCUCUGUUGCGCUAAAAAUCGUCGUUGCGAAUCGUCUCGUGAAACAUCACCUUAAGCAACACCGACGGGAACGAGAACGGCAAAAAAGCGAUAGGUUUAGAUUAGCAAAAUAACAGCUUUGCCCGUGCAUCACGCUUUUUUGUCCAUUUCUUUGCCGUCACUGCACGACUACGACGUGAAAGUGCCUUAAUUCACGUUUUGUGCGAGAGAACGUGAACACAAGGCAAUGACUUUCUUUUUUUUUUCUGAAGUUCGAUACAGUCUUUACGAAUUCAGCUCUAGCAAAAUUUGCCAACAUGUGACGAAUCGAACGAGAUGGAAUAAGUGCAAUAAAGUUUAAAGCAGCGCGAAUUAAGCUUUUAAGUGACGUUUUCGUAUCCGUUACCGUCUUCGUUGCUUAAGCUCCCUAUAGAGCCUUGUUCUCAUAUGCUGCCCAAGUACCUGCGACAUAUCCGCCGGUACUGGCUGCGAUACUACUUAUCAAUUAUUCCUCGAGCCUGAAUGGGCUCUGAGUCAAUAGCCCAUGAGGCCGAAGGCCGAAUGGGCUAUUUACUUAGCGGCCAUGAGGGCGAGAGGAAUAAUUGUUUUAGUAAAAUCCAACUAGUUGGUCAAAGACAUCGAGACAAAACAACUUUUAGCUAGUUAAACGCGAUUCAGCCGCCAUUGUUUUGGUUUUCAAAGCCGGCGCUUUUCGCUACUAGUGGGCUAUAACAUAUAGCCUAGUAGUAGCUCAGCCAAUCAGAACGCGGCAUUGGUAAUAGACCACUCGUUGGCUUUAACUAAUUUGACAUACAUCUACGAGGACAUAACGCUGCUAGCAACAAGAAACAUCGCAGGUCUCUACCACCAGCAUGCCUGCGAAGUCGAACUCGAGUCUUAAGAGACCAUCCUAAAACUAAAUUAAAAAUCACUCUCUUCUUCGUUAUCUUCUAGUAAUUACAUACCUGCGGAUCCCAAAGAGCUGGCAGGCCGUAUAUUUGUCACAUGUUACAUGGGAACGGAGAAUUCUUCCGAGGAGACCAGAAAAAGAGCAAGCGACUUAGCAGAGGAGAUAGGCAGUUACCAUAUGGGUACUUUUGCAUUGUUGUCUUUUUCAUAAUUUUGAUGGUAGAUGGUAGUUUUUCUUUUUAAAUAAUUUUACCCAGUUGGAAUAAGCGCGACAUCAUCCUUCUGUGGUGCGGGGUAUUCCCUUAGCGGUCGUUUCGCCCACGCGUUUUAAAUCGAUUCGCCCGAUGACAGACAACACUUUACAACAAAGUGAACAUGCGUAUCAGAGAUGUAAUAGGCCAUUUCCGAGUUCCCCCGGGCCUCUGUUUCAAACGGAGGGUAGGUGCUGAGCCUUUGAUAUGGAAAUCAUUUUUAAUUCUCGUGCAAAUAAAACUCAUUUUCACAAGAAAGGUUGUGCACCUAGCCUCAUUUUGAAAGUGAGGGUUUUUGGAACUCGGAAGUGGCUUAUUGUAAUUAAGCAUUGAUCCCUCAUGCGCAGUCACUGUCUUUUCAAGCGUGUGCCAUCUUUUAGGCUUAAAGAACGACGAAUACACAUUGGGCGAAUCGACUUCAAUCCGGACGAACUGUCGUCGGGCGAAACGACCAGAUACUCGUCAGUCUUCCUCCCCCCAUCAGCCACAUCCCGUUUGACAGUGUAUACGAGGAAUUGGCUAACGAGGACUCUUAUUUACACUUGUUUAUUUUUCCUACAGGAAUCACAAUCGAUGCUGCCGUCACCGCUGUCCUCGGGAUAUUUACAGCAGUCACGGGUAAAAUCCCGAAGUUCAAGUUGUACGGGGGGACACAACGCGAGAACCUCGCCAUGCAAAAUGUGCAGGCGCGACUGCGCAUGGUCUUAGCAUAUUUAUUUGCUCAGCUGAUCAUGUGGGCGCGUGGGCUUCCUGGUGGUCUACUUGUCUUAGGAUCUGCCAACGUUGAUGAAAGGUAUGUAUAGAGCUAUAUCAUGCAGUUAAGGCGAAGUCAGGUUAUAGGCUCUAUCUUAAGACAGGGAAAGCGAAGUAUUUACCGGCAUUUUGUUAGUGGUUCAAAUCAAUCCCAUUCCUGUUUUUGGGACGAAACAUUCCGAAAGAUGUAAUGAUAGCCGACAGAGCCGGUGUAGAUUGCCGUGCGAGCGAUGAUCCCUCAUCGGCAGUUUAUCUUGUACCUAUGUUGAUGACUCCAUCAGCGAUCACGCAUUUUAAAUACGAUCCAGACCAGUGAGCGCAUUUCAUUCAACUAUUUUUUGUCUGUUAUGUGUCACCAUGUUCCCAAUGAAUAAUGUUGCUUGAUUCGCUAACUUUCUUCCGAUCUCUUUGCGGUGGUCAUUUGGUGCAGUGUUAUCUGCUCGUAAAGUAAGUUUGAAGUUGGGAAGUAAACGUCGCGAACAUUAAGUCGUCUAAGAAUAAGGCGAGUCUAGUUUUGUCCAAAAAAAGAGAGUCUAACUUUGUCUCCAGACUUCUUACUCGUAAAGCGAAGGGGAAAGGAACGAGCCAUGAGGCAGAUUCAUUAACAAAAGAACUAGCUUGCUUAAGCGCAUCCCAAUUUAACAAACACGAAAAAGGGAUCUGGAGACUAGACUAGACGCGGCUAAAUGUACUGUCGGAAAAUGUGGCUGAAAGGAAUUAGUAGCGCAUAGAUUUUGUAUCUUUCUCUUCUGCCCAAAUGAGCUAACGCGGGUAGUCUUUUUUGAACAGUUUAUGCGGAUAUCUGACGAAGUACGAUUGCUCAAGUGCAGACAUCAAUCCAAUCGGAGGCAUCAGCAAGAAGGAUUUAAAAGCCUUUAUUUUCUACUGCGUGGAGAAGUUUAAUUUCAGUUCACUCAUACGAAUUCUUGGUGCUCCCCCAACCGCUGAGUUAGAGCCACUUGCAGAUGGUCAAAUACAACAGACUGACGAGGUGAAUUUGUUGUUAUUGUUGUUGCUUUUGAAAUUGUUGUUAAACUCAUCAACAUCAAAUGGGGUUAAGUUUAGGUGCUCCAGAGGAUGGUGGUGCCAAGCGCAUAAGAGAAGAGCACAGAGUGGUUGACAACCACCACCGGCACCAAUACACUGACCAAGUAAAACACUGGACAGUGGAUCCUCGAUAUAACAAAUCGCUAUAUAACGAAGUCCUCGGUGUAACGAACGGUUUUCUCUACACCAGUAAAAGUAAAAUAUACGAAAGAGAACCUUGAUACAAGUUAACGAAACCUCUUUAUAGCGAACAAAUUUUGCCAAUCCCUUGGCCCUUCUUUAUAUCGAGGUUCCACUAUACACCCUUACCUGAAACCGAGGGAGAGGGAGGGACAUGGAAGAAAUCAUAAUGUGAGCCGCUAAAAUCGAAACUGCUGACCAGUAUUGUUGCGAGUUAAACUUCGCCUAAAUUAUAUGUAGCCACAUAAUUAAUACAAAAAUAGAAACAUGUAUAACCUCUGCAAAGGGUUUUUUUUAUGAAUGGUUCAGGAGGCCAUCGGCUCCUGAUGGUCACACCAAAGGAUGUUUUUUUCAGACUAAGAAGUAGGUUCCACUUAAAAUUUCCCCAUAAUGAACUCUGCGGCUCGAAACUUAUUGCAUUGUUUACCGAUUAAGGACCAGCUAGGCGAAAGUUAGUAAUUUGUUUUGCGAGUGAUUUGUCCACAAAUCUUACAAUCGUUUCGGCUUUCAUGGUCACACUUGAAUGAUUUCAUCCAUAGACUCAGAAGUUUCAAAAGCCUUGUGCAACAUGAAAAAAAAACUUCUGUAAAAAAAAAAAAUGGAAAACAAUGCUAAUGUAGCUUUUGUUUCAAUGGUGUCGCAGAAACGUUUUAUUUCUCGUGUUUAAAAUCUUGUCAACUUAGACGGCUUUUCAAACAGCAUGAAUAUCUCUUUCUCUUGUAGGAGGAUAUGGGUAUGACAUAUGAUGAGCUAUCUAUGUUCGGACGCCUAAGAAAAAUCUCGCGCUGUGGACCAUACAGCAUGUUCUGCAAACUGGUUCACACGUGGCGAACAAAUUACGCGCCCUUGGCUGUCGCAGAGAAAGUGAAGCGCUUCUUCCGCGCUUACUCGAUCAAUCGACAUAAAAUGACGACUUUGACUCCAGCGUAUCACGCCGAAAACUACUCUCCGGACGACAAUCGAUUUGAUCUGCGACCGUUCUUGUACAACACGCAGUGGUCGUGGCAAAUGCGACUGGUUGACGAUGAAAUCCGACGACUUCAACAAGCAGCUGAGAAGUUGCAUUUGCGUCAGCAACAGCCACACCUUCAAGCCAACAGUGAUGCCUUAUUUGGGAGUUUACAUGAUCACAGCGUGAGUGGCUCUGAAGGUGUGACGUCAUCAUCCCUGCCUGUAAAGACGGAGCGGAGUGGAAACCACUUUUGCGCAGAUGAGCGGACACAUCAAGCGCGAAGGGAGAGGCUGGAGCGAACUGUAGAGCCUUGGGCGAAUUACAACCGGGGAUCGAGAAGAAGGGAGAUAAAUGAAACUCCCCCAUGCCCUGCUCUCAUCCGCAUCAAAACGGAACCCCCUGAUCUUGAACAGGGUUGCCAUUCGGACGUGAAUGAGCAUUCGGACUCAGAGUUGAGGUCUCGUAAGAGAGACAUGACUGAAAUAUCAGGACACGUAACGGAAGGGGAAUUUGUAAGCGGGGAAAAGUAUAUGCGGAUUAAGUCCCGAUGAAUAGCGGGAAUCGUUUUUAUCCUAUGUCACUACAAAAAGAUUUUGGCACAGAGACUUUUUGACAUAUCAAUUGUUUGCUUGAAAGGUAUCGAUCUAUUGUUGGAAGUUGCAAGAACUAAAGCACCAAGGAUAAUAUGGAUAUUCCUUGCUUUCGUAAUCUUAGCCCACGUGGAAGUCGAUUGGGAAAAUCCGUGCGUUAGUGAAGGGUUAAGUUGGCGCACGAGCGGUUGGCGCACGAGCUUGGAUGGGUGAUUGGUGCUCCACGUGAGGCUUUUGGUCGAAGUUCGAGCCUGGCCAUCAAGAUUGUUUCAUUUUCUUAUUCUCCACUUGUGUGUAUAAUUAGAACGCCCGGUAACCAUACGAUGGGCGUCCAUCGGUGGGUUGGGAAGAGGGGGGGGGAGGUGAACAUGGCGUUACGUUUCACUUUGAACGUAGAAUUAUUCAGACAGCCGUGAUUUUGAACCGGAUCGUGUCUCUAUAAGAGUGAAAACUCAAACGUACGCUUGAAUUUUCAAAUGGCGCAAAUCGUUUUCUGAGCAAAGAAACGUAGUAAUGGGGACGAGGCUGACGUGCGUCGCUCAAAAAUAAACCUAAAUCUAAUAAUUCUGCACUCUAUCUUAGAACGGGUUUAUUUAAUUAUUUUUUUUUUGAAUUAUUCAGACAGCGUAAAGUUCAAAUAGUUUCAAAAAAUUGCAGUUAAAAAACCUAAAAAGGAAAUACUGUUUAUUUAAUUAUUUAUUUUUUAUUAAAGUUAUAACAUUAGUUAACAAAGCAAAGGAAAUACUGUUUUACCCGAUUUAUUGUUUUGAUUUAUUGUUUUGACAGAAAGAAAGUUUUUCUUCUUUUAUUUUACAUUUUCAACUUCUCCCCGGGUCUUGAUCUUUUUUAGGUACGUGGUAGUUGAAGUUUGUUGUCGAUUGUUAUUUUUCCCCGAAAAGUUUAUUAUCAAUAACUUCCUUCACAAACUGAUCUCGGUUGUUUAAAAGUUGGAUAUGCGUUGGAUCAAUCGCUACCCAGUGAAUAAAUAUUAGGGAAUCCAAUUGCGUUAUUCACCUUUUGAAAAACUGGGGGGCUCGCUUUUUGUGUACAGUAGACUUAUAUCCAGGCAAGGGAAUUGUGUGAUACAUUGCAAUAACAGUG